CGUUGUUGUUCAUAUCGAAGACAGCGUAAACCCUAUCUAGGACACGUAAACCCGUAAGACGUGGCUUGGUUGCGUGUUUUUCCGCUCCUCUUUCUGUAUCUAGGUGUGGCUGGAAAUAUGACUGCGGACAAUGAAAUCGACAUUAAAGAGGCGUUUCAGCGCGCCCAGAGAGGCCACAAUAACAAGGCAAAGCUGGUGGCAAGCCUGAAGAGCAGAUACAGCAAGCUUGAAGACAAGACACUGUUCCAUGAAGAGUUUGUCCACUACAUGAAGUAUGCCAUGAUCGUGUAUAAACGUGAGCCUGCCGUGGAAAAUGUAAUUGAGUUUGUUGCACGGUUUGCCACAAGUUUUCAGUCUGCACCUAAAGCAGAAGAGGAAGAGCAGGAGGAGGAGGAGGAUGUAGAUGUUGAGGAUGAUCAUCCUUUUCUGAGUUUCAUCUUCAACUUCUUGUUGGAGUCUCAUAAAGCCAACAGCCAUGCGGUGCGUUUCCGUGUGUGCCAGCUCAUUAAUAAGCUGCUGGGCAGUAUGGCAGAGAACGCCCAGAUAGAUGACGACCUCUUUGAUCGUAUUCACCAAGCCAUGCUGGUUCGUGUCACUGACAAGUUCCCCAAUGUGAGAAUUCAGGCUGCUUUGGCCAUGACCCGUCUACAACAGCCAAAGGAUCCUGACUGUCCAACCAUCAAUGCGUACAUGUUGAUUCUGGAAAAUGAUGCCAAUGCUGAAGUGAGACGUGCCGUUCUUUCCUGCAUUGCUAUGUCCCCUCGCACCCUCCCCAGAGUCCUCAAACGCACUCGGGAUAUCAAAGAGAAUGUCCGCAAACUAGCCUACCAGGUUCUGGCCGACAAAGUUCAUAUCAAAGCUUUGAGCAUCGCACAGAGAGUAAGUCUACUGCAGCAGGGUCUACGUGACACUUCAGAAGCGGUAAGGGAUGUGGUGAUUUCCCGUCUGCUGCCAUCUUGGCUGCUUCGACUUGAUGGUAACAUCAUAGAGCUGCUCCACAGACUCGACGUGGAAAACUGUGCCGAAACAGCUCUGAACACACUUAAAGCCAUUUUCAAAGGAACGCCUGAUGAAGAACUGCUGCAGAACAGAGUUCAACUUGACAACAGGAAGCUGAUUCCUUUGGACUCUCUGACCUGUGAGAGUGUACUUUACUGGAGAGCUCUGUGCGAGUUCAUCAAAGCUAAGGGAAAUGAUGGCGAUGAAAUGUUGGAGCAAGUGAUGUCAGAUGCUGCAACAUAUGCUGACUACCUCUAUGGAUACCUGAAGUCAGUACCUGUGCUGUCAGAGGAACAGAGGGCUGACUUUAACCAGCUGGAGCUUGUUAUGACCAAGGAGUUCAUCUCACAACAGCUCAUCCAUCUGAUUGGAUGUCUGGACACUAAUGAGGAGGGAGGCAGAAAGAGAGUGUUGGCGGUUCUGCAGGAGAUGUUGGCUUCUCCACAGACUCCUUCUUCCUUGGUCUCUCUUCUCACAGAAAAGCUUCUUAAUCUCAUUCCUGAUGACAACAGAUGCAUACAGACCGUGGCAGAAAUCAUCUCAGAUGUGAGGGAGCCCAUCAUGGAGGCCAGUGUGCCUGUAGAUGAGAACGAGAGCCGACGGCAGCAGGUCCAGCUUGCAGAGGUGAAGGUGCGUAUCAUGGAGGCUAAACAAACCCUGGAGGACUGUAUCACAGCCCAGGACUUCAGCCGUGCUGCAGAGCUGAAGGACUCCAUCACAGAGCUCGAAAAUCGCAGGAACAACAUCAUCAAAGAGAUCGCAGAGAGUAACCAGCCAGCUGACAAGGAUGUUCGCACUGAGAAGAAUGACCCUGAGACUCUUCUGAGGUGUCUCACAAUGUGUGCAGAGCUGCUGAAGCAGAUGAACAUCAAGACAAGGAUUGGUCCAACCCUAGGGGCUUUAAUGUCCUCUCUGAUCCUGCCCAGUAUAGCAAGUGCUCACCCAGCUGUCCGUAACACAGCUGUGGUGUGUUUGGGAACUUGCACACUGCACAGCAAGGAGCUGGCUAAAACCCACAUGGUCCUGCUGCUGCAGAUUGCCCAGUUGGAUGAGAUAAAGAUCCGUAUCAGCGCUCUGCGCGCCAUUGUCGACCUCCUGCUGCUGUUUGGCUUCCAGCUGCUCUCUGACACAGCUACCCCUCAGAUGGCCCCGUCGUCCCAGUCCCCAGAUAGACAGGAGGAGGAUGCACCCGUGAGUGAUGAAAAGGGAGAUGUCCCAGAAGACACUGCGCAGAGUAUAAUCGUGAUGCUCUCAGAGUUCCUGGACAGUGAGGUGUCUGAUCUGCGCACAGAGACGGCCGAGGGUCUGGCCAAACUGAUGUACACUGGCCGUAUGUCCAGUGCCAAGAUGUUUUCUCGUCUGGUGUUGCUGUGGUACAAUCCUGUUACUGAGGAUGACACCCGACUACGGCACUGCCUCGGCGUCUUCUUCCAGCUCUACGCCCGGGAAAGCAGGGUCCAUCAGGAGGUUGUGGAAGAGAGUUUCCUGCCGACUGUUCGGACUUUAAUGAAUGCCCCAGCCACCUCUCCACUUGCUGAGGUGGAUAUUAACAAUGUAGUCGAGCUGCUUGUGGAGCUGACCUGUCCAAGUGCACUUAUUAAACCCCCAACCAAUACAGAGGAGGUGUGCGUCCAUGACUACUUGGCUGUACGCAUGUGUGGUGAGAUGCUGAAGGACCCCACUGCUCCUGAAGUACGUCUUUAUGCCAAGACUCUCAGCAACUUGGAGCUCAGCAGAGAUGAGACAGUCAGAAAAGAUCUGCAGACGCUGCUGCAAGAGCUUGUACAGGUGGUGAAGGAUCGUGUCUGUCUCCGCGCUCUGGAGAAAAUGGCAUAUCAGCUUGUGGACUCAAAAGAACAGGCAGAGCUCCUCAGCGCCAGUGCAUUACAACCCCUGGAUGUCAAUGCAGAUGAGGCCGCAACAGACGAUUCAUCUAAAUCUGCCAAGAGAGUCAAAAGAGGUCAGAGGAAAGUGGGCACACCAAAAGGGGGAAGAAAGCCGAGCAGGAGGGCAGAGUCAUCGGAGGAGAGUGAUGGCGAAAAUGUUCCAGAGCCUGUUUCUGUAGUGCGUCCUUCUCGGAGAGCCAAGACUGCAGCCCUGGAGAAAACAAAGCUGGACCUUAAUACCCUCAUCAACCAGGAAGCAAAUUUUUCAUAGAGCCCAAGAAGGACACUGACAUAUUUUUAAUCCAGUCUUGUGUGAUUCUAAAUACACUCGACAUGUGGUUUUCAUUUUUUUAACCCAACCUUGACCUUGUACCUUUGAGAUUGAGUUGAACCCUCAACACUUUUUUUUUUUUAAAUGUAUUUUCUGUCAGCAUUUUCCUGUUCUUGUCUUCCAAGUCCGUUGUUUUAAUGAUUAAAGUGAAAGUUGUAAAUGA